AGAAGAAGAAGAAGAAGAAGAAGAAUCCACUUCCGCCCUCAGAUACACAGCCACACGGGUGCAGGUGUUGCUCCUCAGCUAUCCGCGCCUUUCAUCAUCACUCUCCUGAGGACAAACAGAAACAAUGUGCUGCACUGUUACUCGGUCACGAACUAGAUGAUCACAUGCAUCGUUUCCACCACUUGUCCAGCCAGACGUUGCGCCGAUAAAGGGAAAACCUGAACAACAGCGGUGGCACUGUUGAGCUAACGAGAGCUAGCUAAAGGAAGCUAGCACCGCCACCAAGCAGCCACGCCAAGAUGGACGGAGCUUCUGCCGCGGUGAUCACAGGGGACGAGGCUGAAAACAACCCCCUCAGAGGGCGCGGGGCAUCGGAACACAGCGUCGGUCCAUCGGCUGAGGAUACGUCCAAUGACAGGGUUGGGGUUUUCUGCUGUCAGGACUGUGGAGAAGCCUUCAGAGAGGAGGCCGCCUACUCAGAGCAUCGCCAUCAGCACCUACAAGGAUUGGACGGAUUACAUGAUUCAGAAAAGGACAAUGAAGCAGCUAAUUCUUGUACUAUAUGUUCACUCUCCUUUGCUGAACAGAGUGAAUUCCACUUGCACAUGGAGAAGAACCAUGGUCAAAACUCCCAAAAGAAGUCUUGUGUUCAGACAAAUUCUGGGUUAAAGAAGCAGCAAAGUUAUGAAUGUGAAGACUGUGGGAAGAGUUAUGUUAUGAUUGGACACUUUCUGAACCAUCAGCGUUCACACAGACAAGCCUCCAAAUCACUUUUGCAUGACCUCGAACAUUUGAAAAAGAAGGCUUUUCAGUGCGAGUCUUGUGGACGGAAUUAUUCCCGCGCCUCCGCUCUGGAUGCACACCGUCGUUGUCACGAGGAAAAGUUAGUCAAGUCACGAAACAGGAAUUCAGGAGAAUCACUCCACCACGAGGAGUCAAUAGUUGAAGCCAAGCCUCAGAAAAGUCAGGCAGAGGAUGCUCCUGAAAAACUUUUUAAGUGUACAUGCGGCAAAGCCUUUGCUGCUCUGUAUCGCCUGAAAGCGCAUCAGCGAUUCAGCCACAACAGCCAGUGCGCUCCAGUAGAAGUGAAAGAAAAAACAAAGCAAAACCAAGAGAGCGAGUUUAACUGUAGUGAGUGUAAAAAGUCUUUCAAUGGCCACAUCGCCCUCUUCAACCACCAGCGAUGGCAUGCUAAUCACUCAAAAGACAAUGCAAAAAGAUUUCCAUGUGAGGAAUGUGGAAAAGAAUUUAUGACACUAACGUUCUACUACAGGCAUCAGCGUAUGGUGCACAGUGAUGAGACCCCAGCAAAGUCAUUUCUUCAUCAAGUGUGUCAGCUCCAGAAGAAGGCAUUUGAAUGUAAGGAUUGUGGGCUCAAGUUUUCCAGGGCUUCAGCACUUCACUCCCAUCAGCUUCAUCACACAGAUGUUUUUGGAGAAACUGAGAAGGAGGCCCAAAUGCGCUCCUCUCUCCUACCUCAACAAAAAAAUCCAGAGAGUGAGAGAAAAGAGACUGUGAACUGGGUGGUAAAUGUGGAAUCGGAGAGGCUGCUUCUUACCGGUGUUACUGAUGAAGACUCACAAAUAAAUGAGACUGAUGAAGACAUGGAGAGUUAUGAGCCUGGGGACUUCAAUGUUCAGGUGAUAAGUGCAAGUGAAUCUGAGGACGAGUCUUUCCAAGACCCCAACUCUGAUCUCGAGCUGCUCUGUGAAUCUGAUCUGGAAGUAAGAGUCGAUGGCGACACUGGAGCUUCCCCCAGUGGUCUUGUUUCAAAAUCAGAGAUGGACUUGAAAAUUGUACAAGUUGACUUUGAGCAGCCCGAUGAGCUGAUAGAGAAGGAGGCUGUGAAUGAAACCACACAGGAAAGAUUUGAUUGUCCAGAGUGUUACCGUUGGUUUUCUCGCGCUUCAUCACUGCGCGUUCACAGAAUGUGGCAUCGCGUUCAUAGGAAAAGACGACAAACUCAAGGUCAGUCAGCGGCAGUCUGCACAUCUGACACAUGCGGCCAUGACGGCAGCAGCUGUGCAGAACACUGCUGUCACACACAACACACGACGCAAAACACCAGCAGUAAUGUAUUGUACCAGGCACAGGGAUUAGAGAAGAAAAACCUGACUUGUAGCGAGUGUGGAAAAUGCUUCUCACAUUUGUCUGCUUUAGUUUCUCAUCAAUUGCAUCAUCCCAAAAGAAAAAGAUUCCAAUGUCCAGAUUGUAUGAUGUCUUAUUUGCAUGCAGCUAGCCUAUUUAACCAUAUGAAAAACUGCUCCGCUCAGAAGAAAGAGAAUAUUUCAGACGCCAAGAAAGAAUACAAUCCAAAGAAAACCCUUCUGGGCCCAAAGAUUUAUCAUUGCGAACAGUGUGGGAAGGGUUUUUGGUCUUUGGGAGCUUACUCCCACCACAAGCAAAAUCAGACAGAGUGUGCAGAAUCAAGGCAGAGAAAGGGUGUCGGAGAAUCUUUGACCUCCGUUAAUGGACACCCACGCUCUAGCGUUAAGGUUGCAUGUCCAGUGUGUGGUAGAAAGUUUCGUCACAAGGGCAUUAUGGCAUUGCACAUGCGAAAACAUGAAAAUGGAGAUCAUAAAUGUGAACUCUGCAACAGGUCUUUCCGUCUUUUUUCCAGCCUCCUCAGACACCAGGUUGUGCACAGUGACCAGUUACUGCCACCGCCCAUUAAAUCUUUCCAGCAUCAGGUGGAGCAGUUGAAAAAAAACACCUACAGCUGUCCCGACUGUGGGAAGCUGUUCUCUCGGGCCAAAGCGCUUCAGUUUCAUAUGAAAAGCCACGGGUACGAGACUGGGCACACCCCAUCGUCACCCAGAUCCACUGUAAUGCUGGAAGAUCGGCAGUGUGCCACAUGCCUCGCGCAUUUCAACAACAAGGCCUCGUUGCGAGCUCAUCAAAAACUUUGCAUUAAUAGAGAGAAUCGAGCAGUUGAUUUUAAGAUGGAACCCGUAGAAAAUAACAAUACUUUAGAAGUUCACGAGGAUAGCUCGGAUGUCGGUGCACAGAAAAGCGCUGAACACUUCGCACUUAACACUGAAGUAAAGAAUGAAAUGGGCAGCGGGGAGAUAAAGAUGGAAGAGCAGAGUGGGACAUCAGAUUUGAAAUACAAAUGCGAUAAGUGUGACAGAAGCUUCUCAGUGGUUGGUGCGUUGAAUCUUCAUAAAAGAAUUCAUUCUUUGGGUUACAGAUCUGAAGCAAAAGCAAAAGUGGACAUUUCCGUUAUGCGUAAGAAACCGAAACAGGAAGAGCCGAGUAAAGGGCUGUUUCACUGCUCGGAAUGUGGGAGGCGGUUCAUGUCCAACUCGGCCCUGGGCUCCCACAAACGAUGGCACAAAGGGAAGAAAUGUUCACGGCCCUCGCUAAAAGAUGAUGAUUUGAAAUCCGUUAGCUACAAGACAGAGGACGGACACUUUCAAUGCAACAACUGUGGCAAACAGUUCUUUAACCGUUGUGUUCUCCAACGCCACCAGAUGUUUAAUCCCCAGUGUCAAACCAAAACGGAACCAGAGCCAGAUUCAAGCAAAAAUGCGGACUGCAGCUGCAGCCCACCGGAAAACUCGGCAAGUUCACGUUCUACUGAAUGUAAAGAUACCUUUGUGCAAGAUUUGCUUCUGGCUAAAAUUUGUGAGGCUGCGGGUCAUGAAGGAGAAGUACUCGUCCUCGUAGACCACGUCCCAGGAAAAGUUGAUGUCAGUCUCAGUGGGAGUGAGUUCACAUCAUCAACACCGAAGGGGAAAGCUCACAGGUGUUCCCUCUGCUCCAUGACCUUUGCUAAAGCAAGAGGUCUGCGUGCACACAAAUGGCAGGCCCACUCGAAGAGCACAAAAGGAAAACACAAGGUUCCUUUGAGCACACAUCAGGAGUCCAAAGCUGCGAGCGGUGAAGUGAGACAUACAGAGGAUUCGUCAUCUGUCUCAAACGCCGCAGUGAUGAGCAGUUUUCUUACAAAGGCAAAUAGCCCUGUUGGCAGGGGAAGGAAGAAAAUCGUAUCUACCUCCCCAUCUGGGAAAUCGGUCGUAUGUCUCGAUUGUGGGAAACACUGCAGUUCUACAGACGCACUCCUUGACCACAAGAAAGCAUGCAUGGAGGUGAAGCAGGAGUCCAAACCGGAGGUCGAGACUCCUGAAGCCACUGAGGACUCGCCGCUCGGCCGUCCGCUGGAGCAGUCGGUCAAAUGCCUCUUCAAGUGCGACAAGUGUGGGAAAGCUUUCCAAACAGAGGAACAAUUAGGAACCCAUAAAAACAGGGCGAAGAGCCGGCCGUAUUGUUGUGCUCUGUGCUGCCAGGGCUUUUGGGCCGAGGCUCAGCUGCAGCAGCACCUCGCCUGGCACGAUGAAGUUCGCUGCCGUCUCCCAAACGAGGUUCGCUACAGGCUUAGCGCUGCCAUUACCUCGAAGCCUGUAAAUCCCAACAAGUCCCUCCCAUCUUCUCCCCUGAACCGACCGACGGUUAAACCAGAUGGCCAGUCACAGAGUAGCCAUAAGUGCCAACACUGUGGCAAAGCCUUUCUUUCGCCCACCGCGUUACAAAAACACGAAACUCAGCACUGUAACAACGACUCGUAUCACUGCUCCAUUUGCCCCAGGACCUUCAGUGAAAUCCAGGACCUGAUCGAUCAUCACCAGGAAUGUAUCGGUGAUUACAAAAGGCGGGGUAGAGCCCCCGCUGCCGUUUCAUCAGGAGAUACCAACGGCCUCACUUGCCUUGAAUGUGGAACUACUUUUUGUCAUGAAACUGAUUUGCAUAAGCACUACAUGGAACAUGCGCGAGUGUAUUAGAUAAAACAAGCAGAAAAGAAAUGUUUUCUCGACACUGUGGAUUGUAGAUUUUUGAUUUUUGAAAAGUCCUAGUAAGGCCUUUUUUGGGGAGUUAAAUAUCCACGCUUUCUCUUUGAUAGUUUAUUUUGGGGGGAAAAGGCAGUUCCUUAGGUUAUUUUCCUUUACAUUGGACUAAGAUAUGUAGAAAUGUUACAGAAAAAACUAUUUUAUGAACUUGUGUUGACAUGUCACAAAUGUGUUUGUGUAUUUCUGAGCCACCUGACUGAAGUGCUGAAGUUCAUAACUAGAUAAAUUAAAAAGGAAAAAAAGAUUUCUGCAUGUACAUCUGUCCUCUUGCAUUUAAAAUUUGCAAAAAAAAAAGAAGUGCUGUAGACACGCAACUUACUGCAAAUGUUAUGCAAAUAACUCCAAUGUUGCCAUUGUCAUUCUAAAUGCCUGAUGUUUGGCAUUUUUCAUUUGUCAGACAAAGAUAAGAAAUAAAAUUUCAAUAAUGUGCAAAGUUUACAUGAAUCUGUUAAAAAAAGCAUUACAGCCAGUUAUACCAUAAAACAAAUACUCAAGUUAUUGAACAGUGUACAAUAGUUGUUUUUUGCUGGUCAGUGUUGCAUUGCUAUGAAGUGGAAAGACUGUUCAUUAAACUAGAAGAGUGCCCAUGUUCAUGUAGGUUAGUUCUUCAAUGUGGUAAAAUGACUUGUGUUGUAAAAUAGACGUCACUUUGCCAUAAUAACUUAAGUAAACUUUUUUGUUGUUGUCCCUAGAUGGCAAUAUACCCUUUGUUUUACCUACUACUUCUGAAACAAAGAAAAGUUAAAAAAAAUAAAUUGAUCUUUUUUGUGAA